AUGACUAGAGGAAGUAAUGCAGGGUUAGAUUUGAGUAUAGAAGACAAAAAGAAGCCCUCUAGCCAAGAAUUAAAAAAUGAUAUGACAGAAGAGCUGAUACAAGAGUUAGAAAAUAUAUCAAUUGUUGUACCUGUGUUAAUAAGUACUGAAAUUGUAAAAAAUACACAAAGGCUUAGUAAAGAUGAUAAACAGAAAGAAAUACCAAAACGUCCUCUAGAUGAAAGAGAAAACUUUAAAAAGCACAUUCUUGGCUCAAACAAACUUGAUAAGAGAGAAAUAAAUAAAGUAGUUAAAGAUCACAAAUGGAAGCUCAAAAUUGAAACUCAGUUCGAAUUCAAAGAAGAAAGAAGAGCAAACAAGAAGAACCUAAAAAAGACAAGUAAUAAAGAGUCAUUAAGCAAUACAAGAGAGAUCACAAAAAAUGCGAGGAGCUCUAGUGAUCAAGUAGUCAUUGAAAAACUUGGUAGUAUAUUAGAAGAAAUUAUGAAGAGACUUGCUAAGAUUGAGGAAAGACAACAGGGGAGUGGCAAACAAGACAAUUCUAAAGAAGCAAGUACACAACUCUGGUCCCAAGACCAGAUACAGAAGAAAAGGGACAAAAAUACAUAA